AUGUUUACCGCGAUACGGUCGGCGUUCACGGAAAAUACCCGCAGUUCGGUCGGGUUGAACGAUUUAGCGAGUUCAGGUGAUGGUGACAACAACAACAGCGGGAAGGAUUUUCCUAAUGAUGCCCGCAAAUACGUGAAGUUGAGCGAAGUCGUCGAGGACGCGACGGAUAAAAUCAUCCCGGAGUAUUCUCAUCAGCCGAAAGCGCAAACAUCAUCGUCUCAAUCACCGGUGAGCAAGAAACCACCGACGUACGUGCAACUGGUGUCCGCGAUCGUCGGGUACUCCUUGUGCAAUUCGCAGCUCUUAAUAAUCAAUAAAAUCACUCUGGCGUACGUUCCAGCGCCGUGUUUUUUGCUUUUCUGUCAGCUCUUAGCCUCUGGGGUUGCGGUGAGAGUUUUAGCGGAACUGAGGGUGUUAGUGGCGGAUAAGCUGGAUGUUGAAAAAGCGAAAGGGUUUUUAGUGGUCGUGUUUACGUUCGUGACGACGUUAUUUGCGAACAUGAAGAGCAUACAGUUAGCUCCGGUGGAUACGUUCAUAUGUUUACGAUCGACGACGCCUUUGAUUUUAGCGGUUUUGGAUUACGUUUUCUUAGGGAGGGAUUUACCGUCGGCGAAGAGUUUCGGGAGUUUGAUUGGCAUCGCGAUGGGGGUUUUGUUGUACGUGAACAUCGAUUCAAACUUUUCCGUGCAAGCGUAUUUAUGGAUCGUGGUGUGGUACGUCGUGUCUAUUUUCGAGAUUAUAUACGUGAAACAUUUAGUCUCGUCGAUCGCGAUGACGACGUGGGGGCAAACGUAUUACCAAAACAUUUUGUCCGUGCCGUUUUUGUUGAUGAUGUUUAUUUUGUUAGGAGAAAGGCAGGUUUUAGAGAACACGGAGUGGACGUAUGGAGCCGUUUUCUUUAUUUUGUUGAGUUGCGUCGCUGGAUUAGGGAUGUCCUUUUUGUCUUUUCAUUUAAGGGAUAUGAUUAGCGCGACGUCGUUCGCGAUUGUCGGGAACAUGUGUAAAGUGGCGACGAUUUUAGUGAACACGUUCAUAUGGGACCAACACAGCUCACCGACGGGGAUUUUAAGCUUGUUCAUUUGUUUAGGAAGUGGGGCGAUGUACAGUCAGGCGCCAAUGAGAGAUCCGUCGAAGAGUUACGCGGAGAGAGAGGUGUUGCCGUGCUUGUCGAGGCAAAGUUAUAGAUGGAUCGUGCUGCAAACCGGAGGGAAGUUCAUGGCAAUUUGCAUGGGGGUGCUGAUUUCUUUGUGCGUGGUUUUGAUUAGCAUAGCGUUGAGUUUAGAAGGGAACGAGGUUGCCGUAGGGACGACGAACCCGUUCGCCAAAGGGAGAGAUAAAAUGGGAUGA